AUGAUAUUAAAAUCUACUCCUCAUCGCCGGGUGAGCUUAAAAUCUUGCUGGGUGUUGUCCGCUGAUAUUUGUAUGGAGUUCGGGUUGGAGAAGUGCAGAGUUCUGAAUAUAUAUCACGGAAAGGUGGUGGGAGAGGAAGAAGAUCAGACUCUCUAUGGUACAAUUGUCGAACAAAUGGAUGAAAAUGAUUCCUACAAAUACCUAGGAUUCCAACAGAAUCGCGGACUAAACCAUAGGGACAUUAAGCAAAUGGUUCAACAGCAUUUUGAGCAGCGUCUCAGGGUCUUGUUACGCUCUAGACUGAACUCAAGAAAUCUGUUUAAGGCUAUUAAUACUUUUGCUGUGCCAGUCUUGACAUACUCUUUCGGAAUUAUCAAAUGGACCACCACUGAUCUGGAGAAUAUCAACAUUAAAACCAGAGUGUUGUUGACUAAAAGCCGGAAGUUACACCCCAAAUCCUGUAAAGAGAGAGUGACUCUCGGUCGGGAAGUAGGCGGAAGAGGUCUACUGGAUAUCCACGAGUUGUGCAAUCGUCAAGUUCAUGAUCUCAGGACGUAUUUUACAAACAGAGAACACCCUUUACAUCAGGCAAUCGUUUGCACGGAUAGGAACUUUACACCUUUGAAUUUGGCUUCGCAGGGAGCUGCGUAUCCACCAUUUCACACGGAUGAGGAGAAGGAGACCAUCUGGGCAUCUAAAGAGUUGCACGGAAGACACUAUAGUCAGAUCCACCAAGAUCAUAUCUCCAAGAGCCUGUCUUACAAAUUUCUUCAGAGCGGGCAGUUGUUUCCGGAAACGGAGGGCUUUAUACUCGCCAUCCAGGAUCAAGUCAUUCGUACAAGAAACUAUAGGAAAUUCGUCAUUAAAGAUGGGACCGUUGAUGACUCAUGCAGGAAGUGUCAUUUAUGUCCUGAAACGAUUGAUCACAUCACAGCAGGUUGCAGACUCCUAGCUGGUACCGAAUACACCGGGAGACAUAACUCAGUAGCCAAAAUAAUCCACCAAGGGCUUUCAUUACAUCGUAACCUGUUGGACAAUAUGCCUCCGUAUUAUGAAUAUAAUCCUGAGUCAGUGCUGGAAAAUGAUGCCUAUAAAUUAUAUUGGGACUUUACCAUCUAUACCGACAAAACUAUCCCGCACAAUAGGACAGAUAUGGUCCUUCUAGAUAAAAAUCAGGGCAUUGCUCACCUAAUGGAUAUCUCAGUCCCUGCUGACGCCAAUGUAGAUGCUAAGUAUAGAGAUAAGAUCGAAAAGUAUCUGCCCUUAGCAACUGAAAUACAACGACUGUGGAAGCUUAAAGAAGUAAUUAUUGUACCAUUUAUAAUAUCCGUCACGGGGAUCACUCCUCAUUCUUUCCCGAGACAUCUGAAGCAGCUCCACUUAGGUGAAAACGUUCACACCCAAAGCCAGAAAGCUGUUAUCCUGCACACCUGUAAUAUCACUAGAUCUUUCCUAAACUCAGGGCAGUGA